UCUCGCUAGGCUGGUGUGGUGCCUAGUCCUGACCGCGGCUGGUCGUCUAAGUGCUGCUGCAAUAUCCGGCAGCCGGAGGAGAAUAUGUACAUUUACAGCGCCCUGCCCUGGCAAAGGACCCACCAGAGACCCCGGGCGCGCGUGGGUGUAGCCUGCCCUCCUUGCGCGGGCGGGCCCAAGGAACGAGCCAAGGAAGCGGCUCCUGCGCGCGGAUGGCCGAGGCGCCCCGGGCCGGGUCACCCUCCCCAGCGCGGCCUCCUCCAGCGCCUCUGCUUUGCCCAGGGCGGAGCCUUCCAGGCAGCACGGGGCACUGCCGAGCCGCCGGGACAGCCAGCGGGACGCGCUCACGCCAGCAGCGCCAUCGCGUGGGGGAGCCAGUGGGGUCGCAGUACCCUGGGGAACCCCCCCGCCCGCUCUGCGCUCUUCCACAGGACCCGGCGCCGCCCCGCCGCUCUGCUGACACAGGUUACGUUACGUGCCUCCCGGAGCGCAUGCGCAUUGCGCAAACGCAAAGAGCCGCGCGCGGGUCACGUGAGCGUGCCCGCUCCUCACGUGACGCUGGGCUCGGUAAUUUACCCAGAAGCCUGCACGCCUCUCGGAGGUCAAGAUGGCGGUGAGGGCACCAGUCAGAAAUUUAGGGCUGGAAGGGACCUGGAGAGCUCAUCUAGUUCAUCCCCUGUACUGAGGCUGGACCAAGUAUACCUAGAGUCCUAAGCCAUCCUAGAGAGUUUCAGCAAGUGGUCGACUGUUAGAAGGCCUUCGCAAAUGGUAUUACAACGCAGCUGGAUUCAACCAACUUGG